AUGACAUGCUGCGCCCCACUGUAUGCCACGUACUGCUUCGCGUUCUUGUGGACUGCGAGAGACACUCGAGGAUCUGAAAGCUUUAAAAGGCCGGGCCAGCGCAAAGACAAAGACAAAAAGAGGCCUGGGCCAGGCGGCUUCGCCGCCCUGUUUUGCUUUUCAGGGCAGCUCACCGAGCUCUUCCCCAGCCUCGAUGAGAAGAUGCUGGAUGAGAUCUUGCCGGAGGGUCAAGCCAAGGCCACGAGACUCAAGAAGGUUCUCUUUCCCGCCAGUAUCUGGCACGGCCAAUGGGCCAAGGUUGUGAAGCUGGACAACCGCUGCUUGCUGUAUUCCUGCGGCGACGCAGCUCCGGCCUUCUUUGAUGCGGAGGGUCGAGGUUCUACCCGACGCUGCACACGCUCUGGCAAUUCCCGUGCUCCCAGCUUGAAUCUGUCUCUCUUUGUUGUCUUCGACUUUGACGGCAGGUCGAAAUUCGUGUUGAACGGUGCUGACCUGAUGCUGCCCGGCGUUCUGGUGCCUGCAAAUGGCGUCGCUGGUUUCGGAACUGUGACGAAGGGCCAGCCACGGUGCAUCAAGAUUGAUGGCAACCCGUAUCCUAUCGCUGUUGGGCGAAUGGUGGUGAACCAAACACAGAUGGAGAAGCGGGGUCCUCAGACAGUUGAAAGGAAAAGGCAUGGAGGUGAUGCACGUGUACAGAGACGCCUUGUGGGCGCAGUGCGGCAAGGUGAAACCCAAUGCCGGUUUCUCAGAAGAGGAGGAGGUAGCUCCGUGUGCAGACAGCAAUUGGAAGCCUGGCGCGGCGAGCGCAGAGGCCAAUGGCACGGCGGAGCCUGCGUCGGAGGCUCCGGCCGCAGCGUCCUCAGCGACGGCAGCACCAGGAGGCGGCAAAGCUGCAGGACUCCCAGAAACGGACGGAACGAGAGGCAAGAUGACCUCUUGGACUUCACCUUUCUGCAAGCCUUCAAACAAGGGCUCGCAGAUGACAAGGCCCUGCCGAUAGAAGCUUCUGAGCUCUACGAGAAGCACAUGAAGCCAGCGAGGCCUGAGGGAACCACCUUGGAUGUUAAAAAGUCGUCUCACAAGCAGAUCGGCAAAUUCUUGAAUGCCAUGCGUAAAUCCAAAGCUAUCGACGUCACCGAGAAGAAGGGUGUCAUCCAUGUAUCAAAAGUUGACCGCAAGCACAAGGUGUUUGUUAGUCUCGAAGAAAAAUUCGCAGAACAGGUGGCUGCUACCCCCGUGGCCGCCGUGGCUGCGGCUGUGACUCCGGCAGGUUUGCCGCCGCCCAAAGUGACGGCGAUGUGGAAGCCCUCGCAUUACCUAGAGCCGAUCUGGAAGGCCAUGGGCAAGAAAAAAGACGAGCUGUACACUUGGGAUGAGGCAAGAGCCAUAGUGUUCAGCUACAUAGAGCAGGAGGGUCUUGGCAAGCCCGAUGGGCCGAUCAAGAUGAGCGAUGGCCUCCUGACGGCGCUCUGGAAGACGGCCGGUGGGCAGAAGAAGGACCAAGAAUGGCCCACAGAGGUCGAUGCGGAGCAGGUCGAGGAGAAGCUCGAAGACCGGCUGCAGCAGCUCGGAGAACAAGAGGAUCGGAGCCUACCGAGGCAUGCUGCCAUCGACGUGGCUGGUGUCGGCGUGACGACCCGCAAGGGUGCACCGGUGAACAUCGCCAUCUCUCUGCGGGAGCCUUACAGGGCCUUGGGGGACGAGCUGAAGAAGAAGCUGAAUUGUACAGUUUACAUCGAAGACAUGCCUGGCAAGAACGCCGUGAAAGAGAAGAUGCUGCAACUGCAGGGUCACGUCGACCAGGAAUUCGCGCAGUUUUUGGAACAGAGGUAUGGGAUUACAAAGAAGUUCUUAGAGGUGAAGUGA